UCCCAUCAUGCAUCCGGACCCCGGGGUAUCGGGCUCAGCCUGCGGCCUGAGACCGGGAGACCCCCGGGAGUCGGGAGGGGUCGGGCAGGAGGAGCAGAGCGCGGGGGUACUUCUGCGUUCCCGGUCCUGCGCGGAGGUCGUGGACCCCCUAUUACGUAGCAGGUCUCUCGCCCGGCCUGUCCUCGGCAUCGCCACAUCGGGCCUAAUAUGGCCGCUCGUGCUGGGACCGGCUAGGUGCACAGAAAUCCGGCCCCAGGUCCGAGACCAGGGACUGCUCCCGGCAUUCCUCGCGGGCUUGGCGUGGGCUCCCCUCACCCAUCUCCAGGUCCAGCGAGUGGGAGCUCCUCGGACUUUGAGUUUUCUAGGGAGCCCUUUGGAUUGAGGACAUCACCGAAGGUGUAAGGGAUUACCUGGAGAUCUGCCACUGUUGCAGAACCUUAAGACAUCAGAGAUAGACCAGGGCCAUCCAUCUCUGAGGCAGGGAGAGAGAGCUGUGGCCCCAACACAGAGCUCGGUGACAGCGUGUGCCUCAUAAAUUCUUCCCAGGUAGCAUGGCCCAGCCAUUGAUUGAGGUGGAGCGAAAGUUUGUUCCUGGCCCUGACACAGAGGAGCGGCUGCAGGAGUUGGGGGGCACCCUGGAGCACCAGGUCACCUUCCGGGACAGCUACUAUGACACCCCUGAGCUGAACCUCAUGCGGUCUGACUACUGGCUGCGACAGAGAGAGGGUAGUGGGUGGGAGCUCAAAUAUUCUGGAGCAGCUGUUGUCUCAGGACCUCACACUGAGUUUAUGGAACUCACAGUUGAGCCCGCAAUUGUGGCUCAGCUCUGUGAGGUGCUGGGAGCUGACGUCCUGGAGUCUGGAAGUGUGGCUGCUGUGCUGGGCCCACUGGGGCUGCAGGAAGUAGCUAGUUUUGUGACCAAGCGUAGUGCCUGGAAGCUGGUGCUAUCCCCAGCUGAAGAGGAGCUUUCGCUCACGGUGGAUCUGGAUACAGCCGACUUUGGCUAUGCUGUGGGUGAGGUAGAGGCCCUGGUGCACGAGAAGGCUGAGGUCCCAGCUGCCCUAGAGAAGAUCCACAGCCUCAGCAGCAUGCUUGGUGUGCCUGCACAGGAGACAGCACCUCCUAAGGUGAUGGUAUACCUCCAGCGCUUCCGGCCUCAGGACUAUCAGCACCUGCUGGAAGUAUACAGCCUCAGAGAGAAACCACAGAGGACUAAAUCUGACAGCAGCUUGGGCUAGGCUGUCACUUCUUCAACAAGGAAGAGAACUCUGGGUCUAACAGGGUUCUUUCCUGGGCAGCCUGUGCCUCUUCCCCAGGCCUCCUUCCCACAGUGACUCCUCUCUCUCUAGCUCUGCCUGUUCUUUACCUUACCCUCAGCUAGCCUUCCAUGAGCCCUCCCUGGCUGCCUCUUCUCCCUCAUCCGUCAGAUGCAAUCUGUGGGCCGCCCCUCUCCCCUGGCCGCUAAGCAGCCUCCAUUGAUUUCCGCUCGUGUUUAUAGGAUUUCCACUUAGCCGUGAUCAGUAGUUAAGCACAGGAAAAUCCCUUGCCACCCCCCCUCCCUUGGUCGAUGCCAUUGAUUCUGCCAGCGGCUCCUAAACUGCCUUACAGCUGAGUUAGAGAUGAGGGGAGGCAGCAGGGAUUUCCCUGCCUUGGGGUGUGGGGAAGAGCAGCAGGUUGGGGAAGUAGGUGGGAAUCCCUGUUAGAAAUCUGGAAGUUCUGGGGCACCUGGGUGGCUCAGUUGUUAAGUGUCUGCCUUCAGCUCAGGUCAUGAUCCUGGGGUUCUGGAAUCGAGUCCUGCAUUGGGCUCCCUA